AUGUGCAUGCUUCGCUACUCCAAUCGCUCUUUCUUCUCUACCCAAGACACACAACCUAUAUAUACAGAAGCUGCUGGGGAUAUGCUUGGAAACCAAACAGAUGGCUUCAAUCGGCUAUUAGCUGCUACAUUGAGUGGUCUAGUGAAGGCGAUAUCAAACUCACCGCCCGUAGGAGUGAAGAAUUUUGCGACAAAAAAAGAAGUCAGCACUUCAGAGCUUACAACGUUGUAUACUCUUGCACAAUGUACUCCAAACCUGUCUAGCCAAGAUUGCCAAAAAUGUCUACAGGAUGCUCAGGAACUUAUGACGUCAUGUUGUCUUGGAAUGCGAGGAGGAAAAGUCAUGAGUCCUAGCUGCAACUUGAGGUUUGAAUCGUACCGAUUUUAUGAUGACAGUAAAAGUGCUGUUUCGAUGCCUCCUGCACAUCCCCCGACUCCCGAAGUUCACAUUUCGGGAAAUACAGGAAAAGAUCAGGACCACUCACGAACAAUUAUAACAGCGGUGUCCCUUACUGUUGUCUCAAUCAUGCUUUUUUGUUUCGGCGUCUAUUACUGGAAGAGAAAAAAGAGCAACAGUUAUAAGGCAAUUCUGAAGAAAAAUUUCGGAGCUGAAGGAGCCACAUUAGAGUCAUUGCAAUUCAAUUUGGCAACAAUUGAAGCUGCAACAGAUAAGUUCUCACUUGAAAAUAGAAUAGGCAAAGGUGGAUUUGGAGAAGUCUACAUGGGCAUUCUUCCCGAUGGUAGCAAAAUAGCUGUAAAGAGAUUGUCAGAAAAAUCAAGUCAGGGCUUAUUAGAGUUCAAGAAUGAGGUUUUACUAAUUGCCAAGCUUCAACACAGAAACUUGGUUGCAUUAUUAGGAUUUUGCUUGAAAGAUCAAGAGAAAAUACUUGUCUAUGAAUACGUUCCUAACAAGAGCCUCGAUUACUUUUUAUUGGGUUCACAAAAGUCAAGAGUGUUAAAUUGGCCAAAGCGUCACAAAAUUAUAGGAGGAAUUGCUCGAGGAGUUCUUUAUCUUCAUGAAUACUCACGUGUUAAAAUAAUACAUCGAGAUCUCAAACCUAGCAAUAUUUUGUUAGAUGAUGAGAUGAAUCCGAAAAUUUCUGAUUUUGGAAUGGCGAGAAUUGUUGGCAUUAAUGAAACUAGGGGAAACACGAAUAGAAUUGUUGGGACAUUGGGUUACAUGUCUCCAGAAUAUAUCAAGUUUGGACUAUUUUCUGAGAAAUCAGAUAUUUACAGCUUUGGAGUCAUUGUUUUAGAAAUUAUAAGUGGAAAGAAUAUAUCUUCUCAAUGUGAAUCACAUGAAUCUCAAUAUGCUGGUGGACUCUUAAGCGAUGCUUGGAAGCAUUGGAGGGAUGACAAUUUGAUAGCGAUAUUGGAUUCGAAUUUGACAGAAGCUGGGUCACAUAGUGAAAUAAUCAAAUGCAUCCAUAUUGGCUUGCUGUGUGUUCAAGGAAAUCCAGGAGUUAGGCCUUCCAUGAACAAAGUUGUUCAAUAUCUGAGUAAUGAUUCAAUUCAGUUGCCAAUUCCUCAAGAACCAGCAUUCUUCAUCCAUAGUCAAAUGGAACCAGCGGAAAGCAGUAGGUCAAUGGAGGCUCAACUUGCCAACCAUAAUCAAUAUUCCAUCAAUGAAAUGUCAAAGAAUAUAAUAUCUCCUCGCUAG